AUGUCCCGUUGUCUCCCGUGUGUCCAGGUGGACGUUAAGGACCCUCGUUUCCAGGCCAUGUUCACCUCGCACCUGUUCAACCUGGACCCGUCCCACCCCGACUACAAGAAGACCAGGGCCACGCAGAGCAUCCAGGCCGAGAAGCAGCGCCGCCGGGCGGACCAGCAGCGCCUCGUGGAGGACGCGCUCAGCGCCGAGACGGACACGCCCGCCGGGGCCGGCAAGAGACGGGAGACCGACUCCGACCCGCCCGCGGUUGACGGCGGUGCCUCAAAGACAUCGAUGGACGCCGGUCUGUCUCUGCUCAUCAAGUCGGUCAAAAGCAAAACGGAGCAGUUUCAGGCUCGGAAGAAACAGAAGUUCAUGUAGGUCUGACUCAGAAAAAACUACAAAGAUGGCCGAGGCCGUCACCCCCCCAUCAGCUCGG